CCGGCUCCACCAACCUCGUCCCUGGAUUGGCCGUGAGAGGGUCAUCUACUCCUUGGGCCUGCGCGAUGCGGCACAAGAGAAGAGGGGGUCUGCGGGCAAGAUGGCGGCUACUACGGGCGGUGUGGGACGGUUAGAGGAAGAGGCGUUGCGACGGAAGGAACGGCUGAAGGCCCUAAGGGAGAAAACCGGGCGCAAGGACAAGGAAGAUGGGGAGCCAAAGACCAAGCAGCUCAGAGAAGGGGAGGAGGAAGGCGAGAAGCACAGGGAACUCAGGCUGCGGAACUAUGUCCCAGAGGAUGAGGACCUGAAGAGGAGGAGGGUGCCCCAGGCCAAACCAGUCGCGGUGGAAGAGAAGGUGAAGGAGCAGCUGGAGGCCGCCAAGCCAGAGCCCAUCAUUGAGGAAGUUGACCUGGCCAACCUUGCACCACGGAAGCCUGAUUGGGACCUCAAGAGAGACGUAGCCAAGAAGCUGGAGAAGCUAGAAAAGCGGACCCAGAGGGCCAUUGCCGAGCUGAUCCGUGAGAGGCUGAAAGGCCAGGAGGACAGCCUGGCAUCUGCAGUGGACACCACCACUGAACAAGAGGCCUGUGACUCCGACUAAGGCAUGCCCUGUCCCCUCACCCGUCUAUCAGUCCUGUUCUGUAGGCAGAUGGUCUUGGGCAAGGGUUGGGGCUGGGCUUGCCAUCACCUUCAGUUUGGCUUUAGAAUAAUGACUCCCUGCCCUCACCGAUGGGGUGAGGUCGGCUCCUUGUCUCCUGAGUGGUCCCCACCAUGCUGAGUAGGGGCAGGGCCAGCAGCAACCCUAUCAGCUUGCUGUAUCUGUAUAUAUGUAUAUAUUUUGAACUUUUUUUUAAUAUCUGGAAAAAGAAACAAGCUGAUCUGUGUGUGGCAGAAACCUACCAAAUAUUUCUAGGUCCUUGGAGUACUCUGGGUUUGGGAUAUAGAGGUGAUGUUUUUGUUUGUUUGUUUGUUUUAUUUUUUUUAACUUUUUUUUAUUGAGUUAUAGUCAUUUUACAAUGUUGUGUCAAAUUCCAGUGUAGAGCACAAUUUUUCAGUUAUACAUGAACGUACAUAUGUUCAUUGUCACUUUUUUUUUUUUUUUGCUGUGACAGAGAUGAUGUUUAAUAUGAGUAAGCUCUGUGUUGGGCUGAGCAUUUGAGUCUGGAGGGAUGGGGAAGGCUCAUGCCUAAUCGUGGCUCAAUCCUUGGUCAGUGGUGAUUAUCUCAAAACCCUCAGGUGGCCGAGACAGUGUCUGGGAGGGUUCUUUUAAGACCUCCCACAGGCCGAGCCCUUGUUAGUCUGUGGGGCAGCUUGGAGAGGCUCCCACCCUGGUCCUCUGUGGACCGCCUCACAGUGAGAGAGAGAGAAGGAAGAGACGGGGCCCAUGAAGCGGGUGGGCAGUGCUGUGGCAGCUCAGCUCCAAGCCGCUACAGACUCGAGGCCCCUGGCGUGGUUCUCCCUCACCCCACCCAGCCCCGGCAGCCCCUCUCCCCACCUCACCAGUCAGAGCUGGACGGUGGCUUCCCUGGGACGGGGCCCCUGUAUGGGGAAGGGGGGCCCGUUCUGCCAGAGACUAGGGUGUUGUAGGCUGGUGUUUAGGCCGGGCCCCCCAGGGUCCUGGCUUUGGGACCAUGAGCCUCCUCUGUGAAGCUAACUCUCCAGAGUGACCGACUGCCCACAACUCUGACUCCAGGUACCUGUGGCAAAUUAAAAUUUCACCUCCUCCAAAAUGAUAACACUCUUUAGUUUCCUUCAGAUUUCCCCUUGGGCCUCGUGCCCCUGGCCUGAAUCAUCCCAGUGUGUUCCUCCCUCUGUGCUAAGUUCUAGGAAUGGAAUUUAAUGGCCCAGCUCUGGAGGACGGUACUGAGGACUCGGGUCACAGAAGUGGAGUGAGUGUGUGCACACAGAGAUCAUCAUACUCACAAUAAAGUAAAUGCUUUAACUUAAAAUUACGCUCUAAUAACUCCUCUAAGAAAGCAGUUCUUAGGAAGGGAACAGAAACUUGAAGCUGUGAGUGAACUGAAGUGGUAGGUGGCUUGCUGCUGUGGUAGGCAGUGGAAUGAGGGCAGGACUGAUUCCCGCAAGGGGUGGGGAUCAGACAUGCCCCAGUGUCGGGACUGGAGCCGGACUCCCUCUGCAUAGCUGGGCUCUAGAGCUGGGCUUCCUUUCUUAGGAAUAAAGGAUGAAAAGAUGCUCCCACCUCCUGGGAUUGCAGUUGGAAGCAGGGUGCUUGUCUGUGGCAGGACAGGACUCAGACAGCUGUGACUGGCAGCUGGGCUCCUGCACAGCGCCAGCGCUGGGGCUUAAGUAAGGCUGUCCCCACAGUAUGAGAACCCAGAGAGCUAACGAAAGGUUUGCUUCUGCAUUUACAACCCUGUGUGCCAUGUAGAAAAACAGCCCUGCAGGGAGAGAGAAAAGCAAAAACUAUCAUCUGUGAUGGGCACUCAAACAAAAAUUACAGAAUACGUGAGAAAAUCUAGUGCCUUAAAGAGUGGCCAACAACCCAACAAGCAGGAGAAUUUCUACUCAAAGAAAGUGAAAUGGUAACAUCCUAACGGCUUUAAAAUGAGCAUUUGUUUUAUCAGCAGAGAGAUCAAAGAGGAACUGACCCCCACAACUCAAGAACAGGGACUCUGUAAGAAGGAACUGAUUAGAAAUCUUGGAAAUAAAGAAUGUUUAUUAAAAUAAGAAACUCCCCAGAAAAGCAAAUGAUAACUUACAGUCAAAGAAGGGAUUAACAAAUUGGAAGUGAAGCUGAAGAUCCAAAAGGUGGCAGAGAGAGAGAAGGAAGGGGAGAUAGAAGGUAGAUUGAAAAUCUUGACUGUCCUUUAGCUGAAAGGAGUUUGGGAAAAGAAAGCCAGAGAAAGAAGGUGCUUGAAGCAGGCGUGGCUGACCGCUUCUGUUUCUGGCAUCAUGGGGGGCCAGUUGCCUAAACUGAUCCUCCCUUUACAAGCAGCUAAAAAAACUAGGUAAAUAAAUAUUGACAAAUCCUUUAUAUAUGCAUCAAUAAUCUGGCAAGAAAGUAAGGAAUACUCAGGCGAAAAGGUAAGAGAAGCAGCAGAAUGCUGAAGCCUGACCUUUGCCCUGAAGGUAUUUGACAAACCAGGUGAAAUUAAGCAUUGGUUUGGGGGGGCCCUCAAUGCCUGGGGACCCAAAGGGCAGCACUCGCUGCAAACUAAAAUCUGCUCUCCUGGCAUCCCAGAAGGAAAUCAAACCUUGCCACUUACUGGAGUGGAACAAAGUCUCCCCUGAGAGCUGAGCAGGCCCUCAUGUGGGUUUGUACACAAGAAAUCUCAGGCCAAGAUUUAGAGUGGUCCCAGAAUGUGGUGGUUUCAGACACUUGAUGGAAGACAAUGUAGAUCCUACCUGAAUGAAUAUUCAUCUCAGUCCUCAGAGAAUCCCCACCAAUAAAGUUCUAAGAAAGAUGAGCAACUUAUGAAAAAGUUCACCAGAUGAACUAGGCAACAGAACACUCAGAGCAAAGGGCAUCAGAAAGAACAUGGUGACAUUAGACUUGAAAGAUGUCAGAUGCUAGAAUUAUCAGUCAGACAAUUUAAAUGUUUAAAAAUGAUCUAAUAACUAAAAGAAAGGCUUGAAAAUAGGAAUAGAUUUGCAAAAGAACGAAAGGGAUGUUCUAGAGAAAUUAUUAUAGCAGUUUAAAACCUUGCAUCUGUGAAUUAGGGCUAAAGAGACAAUUUGUGAAUAGGAAGCUAGAUCUGAAGAGGUCAUCCAGAAUGCAGCCAGCAAAAUGAACAGAUCAGGAACAUAGAACAAGAAGCUGAGAGAGAACGAGGAUAGGUUGAGAAGAUCGAGCUUGUGGUUGGGGUUCUCGGGGGAGAGAAAUGGCAAGAAUGGGGCAGAGGUAAAUUUUAUUUUUGAAUGACAGUGAACUUUUCAAAAUCAUCAAGUCCACAGAUUCAAGGUCAGCAAAUCUCAAGCAGAGCAACCAAGAGAAAUCUGCACUCAGAUGUUCUGUCUCUUGCUGAGUGGUGAUCAUAAUUCAGAUUCUCUUUAUGAAUAUUCAUUGAGCUGUGCACAUAUCAUUUGUGCACUUUUUUGAAUGUUUAUUACACCUCAGUAAGCAAGUUUGAGUCAAAUAUUUUCACUUGUAUUAAUUAUUCAUUGCUGAAUACAAAUUAUGCCCUAAACUCCUUAAAACAAUAAAUCAUUAUUAUCCGACACUUUCUAGGGGUCAGGAAUUCAGGAGUGCCUUAGCUGAGUAGUUCUAGCUUGGGUCUCUUUGAGAUUGUAGUCAAGAUGUCCUCCAGGGCAGCAGGCAUCAGGAGGCUCGACUGAGGGGGAAGGAUCUACUUCCAGGAUGGGCUUCCACUUCCAGGGCUCACAGGAGUGCUUAUAGAAGCAUCCUGCACACACAAGUCCUUGCUGCGUGGACCUCUCCAUAAGCCUUGCUCAAGUGUUCCCAUGUGGUGGCAGCUGGCUUUCCCCAGAAUGAACAAUCCAAUUGAGAACACAGGAGGAAGCUUAGGGGCUUUUUAUGACCUGCUCUUGGAAGUGAUAUUCUGCCACCAUCUAUUUGUUAGAAGCAAGUCACUCCAUCUAGCCCACACUCAAGGAGAGAAGAAUUAGGUUCCACCUCUGGAGGGGAGAUGUAUCUAAUAAUUUGUGGACAUAAUUGAAAACCACUACAUAUCUGGGUACAUGGUAAUAAAUUGGCAGAACAAAAAGACCAAGAAGAGAUCAUAAAAUUAGAAAAGAUACAGUAACUUUCAAGGAGCAAGCCUGCUGCAGAUGUCUCAGCCACAGCCGGUGUUAACUGGAAUGGUACCUUCUGAUAUCAGUGUUAACUGGACGAAGCAUAGUUGUCAACUUGAAAUUCUGUACCCAGAGAAAAUAUCUUACAAAUGCAAGAUAUUUUUAGACAGACAAAACUAGUAAUUUUGUCACCAGCAGACUCACACUAAAAGAAAAUCUAUUUUGGGAUAAUGAAAGUAUUCUAAUGUGGAUUGUGGUGAUGGUUGCAAGUCUAGUUCAGUGAAUCUACUAAAAGCCACUGAAUUGUACACUUAGAUGGGCAAAUUGUAUGAUAUAUUAUAUCUCAAUAAAGCUAUUUUUAAAAAAAGAAAUAA